AUGGCUGUUGUUCCCCUACCCCUAUGCGACAAGUGCGACAAGGAGUUCGAGAAGCUAUUGCAAUGUGGGUACAAAAUGGCGUUCUUGUGCUUACGAGAGUGUCAGAACAAUGCCUGGAAACGCCACAAGAACAUCUGCCGCAAACGGAAGAUUGGGACGACGUCGAUACUUCGUGGUCGCCUGCGCCACUGCAGCUCGGUCAAAGAGGCAGAGGACGAGUUUGCUUCAGCCCUCCGGCUGGGCGAGGAGGAGUUGAUGAAAGAGGUCAUCAUGGCGCUGCUGCAGCGAGGGAUGUCCAACUCAGCAAGUGUUGAUCAGCUCGAUUUGGCCGACAAUCAUUUCCACGCAGGAAUUCUCCAGCAAAACCCUCCAGAAGCCUGUGCUCUACAAGAUGGAGACCUCGAUAUCUUCGAGCCCGCAGUCCGGCGUGUGGCACGAGAAUGGCUUCAUCACAGUAGAAGGUCUGCUGGACCAGAUCCGUGGGCCGUGGAGGAUGGUGCGGCCUACAGAGUUUGCGUGGAUGAAGACGACCGGGUGCUUUCCUCUCCCAGCGGCAACGGGGACGUGCCACUCAAGGAUGUAUUGCCAGAAGUCCGCUGCCUCAUUUUUUGA